AUGGAUUAUGUUACAGACCAGCGGGGAAAUCUGUGUAGUCGCUGCAGCAGCAUUCCACUAGAAGCAUACUUCAGCAGUGACAUCCAGACUGACAAAUUAGAGCUGGGAAAUUUCCAGAACAUUAUGUCUAGGCAGCUCGAGUGCCAAUUUUGCUGUUUGGUCAUUGAAGCUUUCCAUGGUCAUCUAUACCCGAACUGGGAACCAGGCGUAUACCCUAACCAGAUGUGUUAUCUGCGUGCCGUCGAGAAAAACACACAGUGGAAACAGCCAGAAGUGGAAGUAUACUGCAAUGUUACGACAGAAAACAUGCCAAAUAAUAUAUUUGGGAGUCAUCAGAUAAGGGGCUUCAUAGGUUUGGCCCCUGAGUCGAACGACGCUUGCAAGCUGCCUGUGAUAUCCAACAGGCCUCUAAACCAUCAAAAUGCUCGGUCCUGGAUUCUGAACUGCGAAGUCAACCAUAAAGAAUGUCAUCUGAAUAACGAAGCGGCUAAUAAGGACUACAAGCACAUAUGGCUGGUCGAUGUUCAAGAAAUGUGUCUUGUGGAAAGAGCUUGGAACUGCCGCUAUGUCGCCCUAAGUUAUGUUUGGGGCCAACACACUGCGUUCCGUACAGAGAUGAGCACUGUUUCAGAGUUAAAAUGUCCUAACUCUUUACAAGGCCUUCUUCACAAGAUCCCACAAGUCGUGAAAGACGCCAUCAGAUUUGUGGGAAGCAUUCAGGAGAGAUACCUUUGGGUUGACUCAUUAUGCAUUGUUCAAGACGAUGAAGAGUUCAAGAAGAAGUAUAUACCGCGGAUGCAUAGGGUAUAUCAAUCUGCUAUCGUUACUCUAGUGGAUUUGGCAGGAGAAGGUGCUAGUGCGGGAUUAGCUGGAGUGUCAACCGAAUGCAAAAUCUCCAACAUCCCUAUCACCGUGGGUUCCCGAAUACUGGAGGAAGAGAUAUUUUCUCGAAAGUGCAUCUACUUCACUGAUUACCAAGCCUACUGGGCAUGUCAGUCCAGUUGUACACCUGAAAGCGGUCAUAAUGAUACCUAUGGAAAGCCAAAACUUUGGAGCUACAGCUCGUGGGGACGAAUUGGUGAUGAGGUGGAAACCCAGUUCCUCCUAUAUCAACAGCUCGUCAAAGGCUACUCUAACAGAGAAUUAACCUUUCAUGCUGAUUCUCUGAACGCUUUUGAAGGGAUUAUCACGGAACUAAAGGACUCUUUCGGCUGGACAUUUCUAAGUGCCCUUCCGGAAGAUCUUUUUGGUUUCGCGUUACAUUGGGUCCACCCAUAUGGUAGCCUGCUCCGUCCGAGACCGUCUUCGGAUCAAAGCUCGACGGACCCUCUCUGUCGCUCGCCCACGUGGUGUUGGACAGCAUGGAGGGGGUUUGUUUAUUGGGAUCCUUGGCAUCUGAGUUCUUUCGUGGGAAAACAAAUCAACCUGAAGUUUGAGAUAGAGAGCUUUUGGUUUGCUGACAGCCCUGAGCCACGAAGGAUCAUGAACACCAACGGCGUUCGUUCCGGAUCUGGAGCCUUGGAAGUACCGGCCCCCGAGCUCCGUUGUGAUGAUUCCGAACGACGCACCUUGAAUAAAAGAACACCAAAUAACGCCAUUUUAUUCAACGCAAAGGUAGUGCAUGCAAAAGUGUUCGCGAUAUCUCCACCGAACUGUGACAAAUCAUAUUCUCGUUACUUUCGGUGCCACCAGGGUCGCGCUGGUUGGAUAUACGACAAAGCCGGUCAUCACUGUGGCACACUUCGUGGAAUUGACUUUUGGAUUUCUCAAUAUGACAAGGAGAACUGGGAGAUUGUCCUGUUGUCUCGCAGUUUCCAGGACGAGGUGACGCAAGCUGACAUUGAUGCAUACCCGCAUUUGCCCCUGGAGUAUCCUUCCAGGACAGAAUAUUACGAAGACAUUUUCGAUACAAGCUUCUUUAACUACAAGACGGGGUGGGCUCUGAAUAUUAUGCUUGUGGAUAGGAAAGGAGCGUGGGUUGAAAGACUUGCCAUUGGUCAGAUUCAUGUUGAUGCUUGGGAAUCAGCUUCCGUGGAUACAUCUAUGAAGAUGGUCGUCUUGUGGUAA